CGCAUCAUCAAAACAUGCAGGAUGAGCUGCUCCUGGGGGUGACACAGCAACAGCCAGGCAGCGAGAGGCUGGGCAGCAGCCCUUCAUCAGGACACCCCCCUCUCGGCCACCCCUCCUCUGACUUUAAACCCAGUCUCAGCCCCCAUCAGGAUUUAAACAAGCAGCAACCGCAGCAGCAACAGCCGCCGCCUUCUCAGCUGAGCCAGAAGAGGAAAGAGUUUAAGCAGCAGCAGCUCAGCAGCCCAGCCCAGCUCGGCAGCAGCCACCCCCUGAAUAACCACCACCCCCUAGACUAUCAUCACCACCCCCCUCAGCAGCAGCAGCAGUUCAGCCACCCCACUGACAAGUACCAGCAGCAGGAGAACAGGCAACAGCAGCAGCUCCAGCUUCUCAGCGCUCACCCCCUGGAGCCGCCGCGAACGGGAGACUACUCGCACCACCGGCCCGUCAGCCCCGCCGAGCAGAAGGGCGGCGCGGACAGGGGGGUUUCAGAGCGGCUCGCCCCUUCCUGCCCGGGGGGAUCGGUGUCCGCGGACCCCAAUGUGGGGGUGGCCGCCGCCUCCUGCGUGAAUCCGCCUCCGUCUCCUCAUCUGCAGGCGAAAGCCAAGCUGCCCCUCAUGGAGUCUCCCCCGAACAGCCACUUGCUGGGCAGCCCCGGGAACCUACUGCCCGGUGGGCUAGGCUCUGGCUUUAGCAGCCUGCAGAGCCCGGAGAUCCCCAGCCCCCAUCACCAGAGCGGGGGCGGCUCCUCCUCGGCGGCUUCCCCUCCUCCUCCGCCGCUGCCCGGCUUCGGCACCCCCUGGUCGGUACAGACCUCGUCGCCGCCUCCGCAGCAGACGCAGCAGCCUCCAGUCUCCAGCGGCGGCGGCGGCGGGCAGAUCAGCGCGAUGCCACCCCCGAGCCCGGAAUCCGAGACCAGCUUCUACCCGGGGAUCCCGUCAUCGAUCAACCCCGCUUUCUUCCAGAGUUUCUCGCCAGUGUCGCCUCACAACCCCUGCGCCGGGCCCUUCAGCAGCCCUUUCUCGGCCGCCGCCCCCCCGCCGCCGCCGCAGAUGAAUUUACCUCAGCAGCAGCAGCAGCAACAGCAAAACCGGAGAUCCCCUGUGAGCCCCCAGCUCCAGCACCAACACCAGGCGGCGGCUGCCGCCGCUGCCUUCCUGCAGCAGAGAAACUCCUACAACCACCACCAGCCUCUCCUGAAGCAGUCACCCUGGAGCAAUCAGAGUAGUGGCUGGAGCACAGGAAAUAUAUCCUGGGGAGGAAUGCAUGGCAGAGACCAUCGUAGAACUGGAAACAUGGGAAUUCCAGGAACUAUGAACCAGAUCUCUCCCUUGAAGAAGCCCUUUUCUGGUAAUGUCAUAGCUCCUCCUAAAUUUACUCGCUCUACUCCGUCACUGACACCAAAAUCCUGGAUUGAAGAUAAUGUUUUCCGAACUGACAACAACAGUAAUACUCUGCUUCCUUUGCAGGAUCGAAAUAGAAUGUAUGACAGUCUGAAUAUGCACUCUUUGGAAAACUCCCUUAUUGACAUUAUGAGAGCAGAGCAUGAUCCACUUAAAGGUCGCUUGAGUUAUCCACAUCCAGGGACUGACAAUCUUCUGAUGUUAAAUGCGAGGAGUUAUGGGCGAAGACGAGGCCGUUCUUCCCUCUUCCCAAUAGAUGAUGGUUUGCUGGAUGAUGGUCAUAGUGAUCAAGUUGGAGUCUUGAAUUCACCUACAUGCUAUUCAGCUCAUCAGAAUGGAGAAAGAAUUGAGCGCUUUUCUCGCAAGGUGUUUGUUGGAGGUCUUCCACCAGAUAUUGAUGAAGAUGAAAUUACUGCUAGCUUCAGACGAUUUGGACCUUUGGUAGUAGACUGGCCUCACAAAGCAGAAAGCAAGUCCUAUUUUCCACCAAAAGGUUACGCAUUCCUCCUGUUCCAAGAAGAGAGUUCUGUUCAGGCCCUGAUUGAUGCCUGCAUUGAAGAAGAUGGAAAGCUCUAUCUAUGUGUUUCCAGUCCUACUAUCAAGGACAAGCCAGUUCAGAUCCGUCCCUGGAAUCUAAGUGAUAGUGACUUUGUGAUGGAUGGUUCCCAGCCACUUGACCCUCGAAAAACAAUUUUUGUUGGAGGAGUCCCUAGACCAUUAAGAGCUGUGGAGCUGGCCAUGAUCAUGGACCGUCUGUAUGGUGGAGUUUGUUACGCAGGAAUCGAUACUGACCCUGAGCUGAAAUACCCAAAAGGUGCUGGCCGCGUUGCUUUUUCCAAUCAGCAGAGUUACAUUGCUGCCAUCAGUGCUCGGUUUGUUCAACUUCAGCAUGGCGACAUUGAUAAACGAGUGGAGGUAAAGCCAUAUGUGUUGGAUGACCAGAUGUGUGACGAAUGCCAGGGUGCACGAUGCGGUGGGAAGUUUGCUCCUUUCUUUUGUGCCAAUGUCACUUGCCUGCAGUAUUACUGUGAGUUUUGUUGGGCAAAUAUCCACUCUCGUGCAGGACGUGAAUUCCAUAAGCCAUUGGUAAAGGAGGGGGCUGACCGCCCACGUCAGAUCCACUUCCGCUGGAAUUAAAAACAUGGUGAACCAGCAUCUACAUAAGGAAAGAAGGGUGCAUGUGGCUUACUGUGUUUGAAGAUACUGACAUGCAGAAGAAAUAAGUGCAUUCUUCUGCUUUUCACCCCAGCUAUCAAUACAUGCAUCUUUUAUCAGCAGCCAAAACACUACAAGCCUCUUGUUUUUCACCAAAACCCUACAUCUCAGGCUUACUAAUUUUUGUGAUAUUUUCAUGUUAAAAUAAAAAUGUUUUUUUGUAUUUUCUCCAAGUUAUUUUUAUAUGUAAAAGUUAAAACUAGAUAUGAGAAUGUUUUUUGCGUAGGGGCACACAGUCUGCUGCUAUAUUUCGUGGGUGAAGCGUGCACUUAUUUCUAAACAUGGGUUUUUAACUUCAAGAUCUGCCCCAGUAAUUUACCAAAGGUAGCAAAAUAGUGAAGAUGGAAUAUGUCUGCUACAAAAAAAAAAGGACAAAAAAAAAAGCUUAUUUUUAUUGUUGUUGCUAUUUUCAGUGUAUACAUAAACUAAAAAUUAGGGUUGAUUUUUUGCUCUCCAUUUUGACUUGCAAGAAAUAAUACCUCAAGAUAAUCUGAUUUAUUAGCUAUUUUUAAACAUUUUUAAUCACAAGCUGUAUUAGCUUUGCUGCUAUAUAGGUGUUAUGUGUAAUGCCACCUAUUAAUACGGGAUUGAAACGUUUUAAGACACACUGCAUUACAGAUUAAAUGCAGGCAGCACAAUAUGGCCUAAACUGCCAUAGUUUUAGAAUGUGAAGAAGAAAAAACAAAAACAAAAAAUUGCAUGUUUACUUUACCUGUAUACACCAUAUGCAUGCACUAGAACUAUUAAUUAACCAGAGGUGAGUUAUUGCAGAUGUUCAAAAAAAAAAAGGCUCUCUUGAAACUAGGUAGCAUGAGCAAAUUUACAAAAUUUGUUACAAAAAAAAAACCAUAAAACAAACUUGCAUGCAUUAUUGUGACUGAAGUAAGAGAAAAAACAAAUGUCCUACAUGUGUACAAUAUGCAAAUUUAGUUUUAGACUAGAAAGUGCAGCCAUUUUGUGACCUGGUCAGUAGUGGAAUUCAAUUUUAUGCAGACUGGAUGUAAUAUUGUAAUCCCUGUGCAAUUUUGUGAUGUGUGCUUCUACUUAAUGUGGCGUGACAUAGUAUAGGUACAAGUUUGAGUAAAACAAACAAGCUAGCAUUUAAACCAGUUCUUUUCAGCCCCCUUUGAUUGUUCUUGGUAAAGAUUUCCUCUACAAACCAAAGAUGGCCAGCACACUGCUAACCAGUCACCAAAUGUGAAACCCAUGACAAAUGCAUACAAAAAUAGACUCCUAUACAAAUGCAUAAUGCUUUAGAAAUUAAAUCCAAGUAAAGUCAAAAUGGAGAAGGUGUAAUAUACAGAUGGCUAGUUGCAUAACAAACUAAAUUUUACCUUUAAGACAACAGUGAAAUUUGGCUUUAAGGAAAAAAAAAGGCAAAAAAACAUUGCUUACAUGUUUGACCUGUGUGCGUUGUGCUCUUCUGUCAAACUGGGGUCACUGUUGCAUGAAAAGUAGCUACUUGACAGUCAAGGAAUAGUGUUUUUAUUUUAAUGAAGGAGUUGUAGUGAAGACAUUGCUUGCAGAUUUUGCAAACCAGACGUACUUAGGACGAGGCAAUAUUGAACUGAACACUAAAAGAAAAUCACAGCAGUGUUUUUGUUUCUCUCAGAGCAUUUUUAAUGCAACUAGCCCUUACUUUGUAACGGAACAAAACAGUUACUCUGCAGUCCAAGCAAGCUCUCAGCAGUCGAUGUUGUAAUGCAGAACUAAGAGCCUGUUGCUAGAGUUGAAAUUACAAGGGUGUUGUUCUUUGCAAUCCCUUGGGACAAUCCUUCAUGUAAGCAAAGUGUUGAUCUUAUAUUGGUUGUCUACGGUGUGCUUUUUUGUACUGUACAAUAUGUGGUUCAUGUCUAACUCUGCUGUUUUACUGUGGUUGUGGUUCGAGUUUUUAAUGUUUAAAGUUGAUGCUGUUUUAAGAAGAGCUUUUUACUAAUUUAUUUGUCGAUGUUCCCUAUUUGUUACCUAACCAUGAUCCUCCAGACUUUUUGGAGUAUUCUUUUCUAACCUUAACCCUGCCAAACGUUGAUCCAUUUUGACAUUUGUUAUGCACUAUUUUUAUAUCUCUGUGAGAGAUUUUUCCAACAGUCAGCUAUUUUAAGGCACACUUUUUUUGACUGAUGACAUCUCCUUUGCUAUACCUCAAUUUUUGGAAUUUAGAAAAGAAAUCAGUAGUUUUGCAAUGUUAAUUAUUUAGAUAUAAUUUAAUUCUGCAGAUUUUUUUAAACUUUAUUUUCAUAUGUUCUGCUUAAUGUUUAAAACGGAAGAGCCUUUAAAUAUAUUAAAUAAUAAACACUCAUAUGAAAAGAGUAAAAAAUUGAAAUAAUUGGAGAUGUUGACAAAAUGCUUUCCCUGUUUAAAAGAAGCUACAGAAGUUAAGUC